UACUAAUACAUGCUGACCUUAUUUAUUUAUUUAUUUUUUGUAAACCAUACUACUCUUAUUGUAUUCAUUAGCAUCAUCAUCCAAGCUUAAUAAUCAUAAAUGAAUUUAAGGCCAGUUUUAGUGGUCAUAAAGAGAAGAAAUCCUUCGAGGCUACUUAUCCAAAACUCAUAGUUGCUAAUCCAACUUUUGAUAUGAAUACCAGUUACAUUAUCUGUGUUUUGCCUGACUACGAUAGACCUAUUAUAACAAAAAUAAAUCUAUCAUUACUGCCAAGAAAAAAAAUCAUCGCGUUAAGAAAAAGUGUGCCCAAAUCAGAUAAACGAAAGAAGCGAGAAGUAGCUUCUCGUAUUGCUGAUCUAGAAUAUGAACUAAAUAAAAAACAUGAAGAAGAGGUGAAAGUGUUUAAAGCUAAGGAAGCUGGUCUAGAUCCCACUGAAAUACAACAAUCAGAUGAAUUGGAUGAUGGGAUUUCAUUAGAUCGACUUGAUGAGUUAUCAUUACAAGAAAAAAAGGAAUCAAUACCGGUAGUAUCAGCGCAGCCAACCCAGAAGGUGAAAAAGGUGAAUAAGGCUAGAUUGAGAAUUGAAAAGCGUAAUGCAGAAAUGGAACGUUUACGACUAGAGGCAGAGGCAGAAGCUAUGAAUCAAGUAGAUAUGGCUACUGUUGAAACAAAGGCUAUUCAAGAACGUAUUCUUCCUUUAAAUUUAUCUAUAAAACCCAUUUCUGCAGAUGGUCAUUGUCUUUAUAAUGCUUUUGCAGAUCAAUUGAAAAUGAGAUAUAAUCAAAAUGUAGAUUAUAAGGAACUAAGACGAUCAGCAGCAGAAUAUAUGCGACAUCAUCAAGAUGAUUUUGUACCCUUUUUAUAUCUUGAAGAUGGAACAGAUUUUAAUAAAUAUUGUGAUGAUAUUGAAAAUACAGCUUGCUGGGGAGGUCAAUUAGAGAUUCUGGCAUUAGCCAAAUCAAAAUCGGUACCUGUUGAUAUUAUACAAUAUGAUGGACCUAUUAUUAAAAUAUGCGAAGAUGAAUACCCUGAGAAACCACCUAUCAAAUUAGCUUAUCAUAAACACCUUUAUUCAUUGGGUGCACAUUAUAAUUCCCUUGCUGACAAAUCAACAAUAACUGCUCAAGAUUAAGAUUAUAAAUAAAUAAUUUUAAUCCAAUGAAUUUUGCGUAAUUUAUUAACCAGCAGCAAUCAUGAUGAUCAUAUUCACCUUUUUUUUUUUUCCUUUUUAAAGAAGGCAAUCUUCUUCUCCUUUACUACCUUUUUUUUUAUUUUUCAUUUUUUUUUUUUUCAUUAAUAAAGAUGACAACAAAGACUGAAAUUGCUACGUUUGCUGCAGGAUGCUUUUGGGG